AUGCGUCGAGCUGCUGACUCGGUGGUUGGGAGCAAGAGAGAUGGAAGUUUGGGCUGCAUCCCAGGUGCUCAUUCAGAUUCAGAAGAUGAGGAAUGUCUCGGUGAGAUUGGGGAGCACAGGUUAGCGCAUGGUCCUGGGAUGCAACAUGAGGAAGUGGAGAAGGGGCCGCUGCAAGUGCCGCUGCAGGGCCAGGCCUGCCCCGCGCCGCCGCAGGGGCCGCUCCAGGUGCCGCUGCCCGGGCCCUUGCCGUGCCAGGACGCGCGCGGCGGCAGCGUGGUGUACGAGCGCGUGCGCACCUACAGCGGGCCCGGGGGCCGGCGCGUGCAGCUGCUGGACCCCCCCGGCGGCCGCUCGCCCCGCGCGCCCUCGCCCUUCGAGGCCGCCCCGGGCGGCCAGCACGUCGUGUGGAGCUGCGACCCGCCGCCGCAGGAAGUUGUAUCUCCGUCCUUGAAACUGGCUCCUUAUUCUCAGGGCAGUGUCCGGAGGAUUAUAUUAGAGAAUCCUGAACAGGAGCCACUGUCUCCACUUCUGAGAGGAGGAAAUAAUGUGAUCUAUGAGAAGACAAUAAGGAAAUAUGAACUGCUUAAUCCUGAUCAGGAGAAGCAGUAUCAAUAUGCCCUCCAGCACACGCAAGCUGACUCAUGCCAAGUCUGCCCGCCAGCGGAGCCUGUUCAGGUGGUGCACCAGUGCCAGCAGACCCAGGCAAGCAGUUGCUGUGACAUCUCCCCAAUCUGUGUUAACGAUUUCGGAAAAGGAAACGUGAAGAAAGUCACCAUACAGACCUAUGAACCAGUGAAAUGCUUUCAAGAGACAAAUGACCCGCUGGACUCGCGAUACUUUGGUGAGCUCCUAGCCGAGCUGCACCACAAAAGCAAUGACCUGUACAGCUGUUUGCUCCAGCAUGUGGAAAAGCUCGGCAGAAGCAGAUACGAAAUUGAAUCUCUGAGUCAAGUGGAAGACAUUGAGAGUUUGAUCCCCAAAGCACUUUCUGAAUCAACAAAGCAGCAAAUCCGUUACCUCCUGGAGAUGAGAGUAACAGCCAAUAAGUCGAUGAGACUCGUCCUUGCAACCUUCAGCAACCUUCGGGAGGAGCUAAUCCAUCUGCAGGGUGACUUGGGGAAAUUGGAAACAGAUAAGAUGUUGCUUGAGAAAGACCUGUCUUUCAAAGAAGCUCAAGUAAAAGAGUACGAAACUCUUCUGGCAUCAGUGCGAGAGAAUAACCGCCAACAGCAGCAAGCCCUCAGAGAAUACACUCUGAAGUGCCGCUCCCUGGAGGAGCAGCUGCUUUCUUUCCGACACAAUGAUGGAGAGCGGGAGUUCCGGCUGAAAGACUUGGAAUACAGCAAACGGGCCUUGGAGCAAGAAAUCCAGAAUCUGCGACUCCAGGCUUCCUCUAACCCUCUGGCUCAGACUACAGCUGACGAACUGUCCAGCCGCUAUGUGGAGAUGAUCAACCAACUCAGAGAGGAUAAAGACCGAGAGAUCCGCAGCCUUCGGUCCCAGCUCUGUGAAUUCCAGAGGGAUCUUUCAAGGAAGCAGGGGACAGAUGUGGACCUUCAGAUGAGGCUGCAGGAGCUGACUUUAAAACUGGAAGAGAAGGAGUCUUGCAUCAGGCAGUAUGAAGAGGAGCUCUUCAGGUUGAAGCAAGAAAAACUAGCAGUCAGCCCAACCCAAGGAAUAACAAAAACAAUCAUCACCAAAAAGUACGUUAAUCAAUACCCCAUCCUUGGCCUCUUGUCUGAUGACUACAACACCAGUUCAUCCCUCAAGGAAUCACAGACAAUUGUCAUUGAGAAAACUGGAGAAACAUGGAAGCAGGAAUGAACAAGUCCCACGGACAAGUCGCGGCUGAUCAGAGGACUUUCACGUACAAAUGAAUCUUGUUAGAAUAUUUUUCGGCUUGUUUGUUCCCCGCCCUAUCGCUUCAAGUCUAAGACGUUAGAGCAGCCAGGUUUGAAGGAAACCAUGCCAGGCACAAAGGUUUCAUGGUGGUGGGUGGGGUGGGUCAGUCUUGGUCCUCCAGGGGCCUUCAGCCUCAGCUUCUCUGCCGUGCUCCAGCCAGGCCUGCUUCCUUUUCCCAUUAAGCGAUGGGAAUGGAGAAGCUGGCCCAGCACAGGCGUGGGCAGCUUCUGGGCUUGCAGGAGCUGAUCGAGUUGUUCACAAGAGCCCUCCUACGGUCUGCAAGCCAGAGUGAGAGGAAACACAGUGGCUCAGCAAGCAGGGCAGCUGAACUGCAGCACCCUGUAAACCAUCCUUUGGGACUAUGUAGAACUCUGUGUGAACUCCCGUGUGUUAUCACGGUCUUUGGCCCGGCAGAGCUCAUACAGAUGUUGACUAAAGCAGCUAAUUACUCCUCACCUUUUAUUCCGACAGAUGAGAAAUGAGCCUGAGAGUUAAACAAACAGCAGGAGAUCAGCCACCACAGAGAUGUUUCCUCACAGUUUUGCUUGCUCUGGUUUAUUUGAUCAAGCUGCAUCUAGAGCGCUCUAGGCCCAUGGCAGAGAGAUCGGUGGUGGUGGAUCAGCUGUUUUCCAGGAACUCUCCUUUGCUGUCACUUGCCCCUUGGUGAACCAUGCCAUUAGGUAGAGACACCUUUCUGCCCUCCAGCCUCUUCUUUGAAAACCAGACAGCUCAACAGAAGCAACCGUUACCCUUUAGCCAAAGUAAUGUCCUUCCUGCAUUUUAAAGAAAGACUUCAGUUGUACCAGUUUUGAAAUCUAAUCCUGUUUACUGCUCUGUCCUUUCAUUGUUAUUGUCACACUGCUCUCUCUGGUCAGGUAGAAAGGCUUGCACAACCAAAGUUAGGUUGUAUGUAGUAAACCUGUAGUGUAGGUUGUAUGUAGUAGAUCUGUUGGUGUAAGGAAAAAAAAAACCCCUUACAUGGUCAGUGUAUGAAUUGAUCAUUUUCCAUUGUAGAACAUGCAUGGAAAAACUUAAUGGAUGCCAUCCAAAGUAAAUUACAUCCGGUGUAUGGGCAUUUUCAGAAGUGACUUGGGAAUUGUAUUAUCACCGUGCGAUUUUGAGUUUGCCAGCACUCUUUGGAUUCACAUGAGCACAAGCAAAGUUUCAUCUUACUCCACUCAAGCUAUUGCUGAUUCUGCGCCGUGCCACCUAGCUUGGGAAGUAUGUAACUUUAGGAUUGUGGUAGGGGAUGGAAGAGCAGUGACAUGUUUACAGAGGAUGUCUUAACUAUGCAUGUAGCAGCAUAGAUUUCCUCCCAGUUGGAUGCAGUUUGACCCAGCUUUCUCUGGACUGCCCUCAUAAUGAAUGAAGCCCCUUUCUAGGUGGGAGAGCAGAAAGGGAGUGAACUGCCUUGUGCUUUCAUGCUGAAAAUUAUGGGUGGUGUUGCAGCAAAAGUUUGUAUCACUUCCCAAGUCACUGAUAGGAACUGUGUUUGAUAAACAAAAGUGGACAAGGGGAAUAAACCAAAAAAAAAAGUCCUCAGGAGUGCUGGAAUAGACUCAGCUCUCAAGAGGACAACGCCUUUUAAAAAUACUGGCUCUGUUUUAACAGUGGGGACUGUUAGGAAGUGUACUUAAAUUUUCCCGAUACUGUAGUGACUGUAUGGGAUGCAAUCCUAUGCAUGUUUAGAUAAUAAUUUUUAAAAUCCUGCAGUUCCCAGCAGGCCUAUAUAGACAUUGUGCCUUAAAUUUUAUUUUCCUUUGUCAUUUUCUAUACUGAAAAACCCAGAGCCCAAUAAAGCUAUUUGUUAAUGAAAUAACAACUUGGCAUUAUUAGUGUGAAUUGAUUUCCUGAUACUCCCUAGCAACUGCUUUAAGAGUGUAGCUCUGUUGAUGCAUAUAGAAGUUAUUCCUGUUGUAGUCUGUGGAAUUUACUUUUGGGUAGACUUGGCCCUGAAGUAUCCAUAUGUGAGUUGUAUGUUUUGAAGGAGAUUUGGUGAACUAAAAAACCAAACUCACUGGAUAUCUCUGUUCACACUGAGAUGUCAGUGCGAUCUGAAACUGCAUGGAAAUAAAAUGUUCCGGGUGGUGGGUGGUUUGUUUCUAUUUAAUGUGACAGGAGGGCAAACCAGCUUGGAGCUCAUUCUGUUAUACAUAAGCGAGUGAAUUACUUGGAGGCUUAUUGUUUCUUCUAUUCUUUCUUUAGUGGUAACAAUUACAAAAUGGAAAUGUCUCAAUCAUAAUUGAUUUAGAGAAGAUUCUGCAAUUCAUAGGUCACAAUGUCUGACCACCACAUACAGGCUUGUGCCUCUUGUAUUUAUUACACUGCAGUUACACCCCAUCUUUUCCUCUUGUGAGCAACCCAAGGUGACUUAGGUCCAUUUUAUCCUCGCAACAACAGCCCUGUGAGGUAGGUUGAGCUGAGAGCAAGUGCCUGGACUAAAGUCAUCUAGUGUGCUUCAAGGCUAAGUGGGGACUGAUCUGGGUUUUCAGCCAAGCGCAGUGGCUCUCAGUAUGUUUUCUCCUGUUUUUUCCAUUCCUGAGCAGGAAGAAAAAGCUGAGUAAGGCCCCCUGAGUUGGGUGCCAUAUGUGAGUAACUGAUCUCUGCUGUCAAUUGAAUGGGCCUAUUUAUAUUUUAAAUAUGUUUUAUAUUUAUAUUUUUGAAUAGACCUAUUUUAAAAGGGGAAAAAAGGAAAUGGAAUCUGUUUGAAGCUCUCGGUGUUUUUUGUUGUGCCAAAAUACAGUUUGAAGUGCACCUCUCUGUCUCUUGCUUUCUUUUCUAUACAAUAUUGCUGGAAUCUGGGAAAGCAAAGUGUAGGGCAAAGUUGAUUGUGAAGCCAGGAAAUCACAUGGCAAGUGGACAAGUAUGCUUGGAUAUACCUGGCACAAUUCCCAAGUACUUCUCUACUACAAAGCCAGAAGAUGGAGAGUUUUGUGGCUAAAUGGUUCAAAGUGGGAGUUGGGGUAUGUAGUUUCAAAGCGUUGCUUUAAUGGGUUUUUGCAAUGAUUUGGUUUGUGGGUGUGGAUUCUCCUUUUCUUUUCUCCCAACUUAAGGGAUAAUGACCAUUUUGGAGUCAACACAUAUAGUCUGUAUCUGUAUUGAUAAGCCUUGACAUUGUAUAAAGGCAGAUCUGACUGUCUUUCUUAAAUAAAAUAAAGAUAUUUGUAAGCUUG